AUGGCCGCGCCCUUAACGCCAACCCCAAGCGCGGCGCUGAACUACUCGACGACCCCGGCGAGUCUACGCCACGGAGCAUUCGAUGCCCGGGAACCCGCCGAUAACAACACCGAGAACCGCAACAACGAUGACGAACCCGACAGCUCCUCUCCGUUUAUGUCGCACAUCAGGGAUGAAAUCACCUCUCCGACCCAGCGCGGCCCCUCACCGCCAAAGGCCCGUCCGGGAUCCCGCAUAAUCUCGGGCAGCGGCCUCUCACCGCUCAAGAUACUCCAGCAGCACCAGCAAAGCCAGAUUGAGGCACAGACCCAGAGCCAGUCGCCGUCGCCCCAACCCGCCGAAGAAGUAUCGUCGCCCGCUAAGAGCAUGCCCCCGCCGCCGUUACCGCAGAGCCCGCGGAAGUCGGCCCCGAUCAAGCGGUUCCCGGUCAAGAUCAGCCAACCGGGGUCUUCCCGCAGCGAGUCGCCGCGGCGGCCCUCGGAUGAGCGCCGCUCCUCGGGCGAGCGUCAGGCCAGCUUGCCGGAGGUACGGGAGGAGGUACGGGAGAACGAGGGGUUGAAGCACGUUAUCGAUAUUUUUGAGGACGACGACAAUGCCAUGCACGACGACCCAGAUGGUGUGGACCACGAUGGUGACCAUACCAUGUCGAUGGGGCACGAGGCUGUCUACGACCAGAGCCGGAUUGCCGAGGAGGACCAUUCGGCCGCAGACGACACCAUGAUGAGCACAUUCAGCGCAUUCUCGACUGUCCCGAACCUCACCAUGCUGGCAAAUACGCGCAGCGACAGCCCAACCAAGUUUUCGGCCACGGGCGGGUCGACCCCCCGGGCCAGCGGCAGGUCAGAGGACUCAUCGGCAUUGAGGACACCGCGGGGCAACGGAUCAUACGACAACGGCAACAGCACCACCAACCUGAUGGACUUCACCGAGCAAAUGCGGUACGGGACCUACGGCGCGCAGCCAACGCCGUCCCGGCGGGGUGGCCAGACUGCGCAGUCGGCGAGGACGCCCAACGGGGUGGGCACGCCACAGCGCAACAACCUCGUGAACCUCCUUGACUUUGAUAUCCCUCCAGCGCCAACCCCGCGCAGCAUCCCCACCAUUACGCCGCGCGAGCUGGAGUCGCUUAAAUCCGGCUUCCUCUCUGAGAUUAGCAGCCUCAAGGCCUCACUCAGCGGGAAAGAAGCUGAGGUGCUGUCGCUGAAGACGGCCGUCGGGGAUGCCGAGAAGCGUGUAGGCGAGUGCCUGGAGCAGCUGCGCGAGGUGGAGGGCGUGCAGGGCGCGCUCCAGACGGAGAAGGACAGCUGGGAGCGGCGCGGGCGCGAGAUGGAGACGGUGCUGCGCAAGGUCAGAGAAGAGAUCGUCAUGAGCCAGCGCGAGCGGGAGGAGCUUGAGUUCAAGCUCGACGAGGCCGAGAAGCGCCGCGAGGCUGCCGAGAUGAUGGCGCAAGACGCCGAGAGCAAGAUGGCGGGCAUGCGCGCCGUCGAAAUCGCUGUCGAGCGCGUUGCGCGCGAGCUGCACGCGCUCUACAAGAGCAAGCACGAGACCAAGGUCGCUGCGCUCAAGAAGAGCUACGAACACCGCUGGGAGAAGCAGGUGCGCAAGCUGCAGGCACAGGUCGACCAGCUCAACCACGACAACGACGAGCUCCGCCACAGCAACAACAACCACAACCGCGGCGGCAUCGACCCGGCGCGGCUGGCCGAGAUGGAGGAGGAGCGGCGCGCGGACAAGGCGCGCGACGCGGCGCGAGUCCGGGAGCUCGAGGCCGAGGUGGAGAAGGUCGAGGCCGUGCUGAAGACGGUGCAGGCGGACAACGCCGACCUGCGGGUCCUGCUGGAGCGCGAGCGCGUCGAGAAGGGCGAGCUGGUCAUGCUGGCCGAGGAAAUGAUGAACAUGCAGCAGAGCUUUGUCGCGAGCGUGCCCGAGGAGCCCGAACCCGCACCUACCCCCGCUCCCGCACCUGCCCAGUCACACUAUGCGCAGCAGCAACACUACCAGCAACAGCAACAACAACAACACCCAGCCCCGCCCCCGGUAACCGCAAAGACGCCAAAUAGGAGACUAUCGUCCUCGCUCGCCACCAGCGCGCGCACCCCCGGCACCACCACAGCUGCAGGAGCAGGCGGCGGCGGCAACCCCAGCUUCCGCAUGUCGACGGGGCCCACCAGCUUCCGCGCCUCGGGCCUGCGUGCCCCCGGCGGCUCCAUGGGCUUGGGCCUGGGCAAGCCCGCCGAGAGCCGUAUCGGGCGUAUGGCGCAUGAGCGCACCAAGAGCGCCGCGGUGGGCCAUGGUACUGGUGGUGGGGGGUGGUGGUGGUUUGCCGCGGCCGGGGUCGGGGUUGGGGUUGCGGAGUGGGAUCAUGAGUUCAAUUGA